AUGGGUAAAACAAAAAAGGGUCGUUCCUCCAGCUCCCCAGGUUCUUCCCCGGCGGAUGACAGGGUUGACUUGGUUCAGCUUUUACCAGCUAAUAAUGUACCUCCAUCAGAAGAGGAAAUAAUUUCUUUUCUUUCCGCACGUUUUAAAGCUGACUUACCUUACACUCGUAUUAAUGACUCCUCUCUUGUGGUGAUAAACCCUAAUAAACCUUUGGAAUCCAUGAACGACGCUUCGGCUAAAGAAUAUGCCGAGCAAUGGUACAAAAAUACAACUGGUGAAAAGAUAAAUUUACAACCUCAUAUUUAUGAUCACCUUUUAUCACAACUUUUACUACUUUCAACUCAUACAAAAAAAGAGGCAAAGAUCGCUAAUCAAAUUCAAAAUGCUCAAACUAUUUUAGAAGCCUUUGGUAACACAAAAUCAAUAAACAAUAUUAAUGCUUCACGUUACGGAAAGUAUCUAGAGUUACAAUUUAGUGAAAGAGGAAGAAUUGUUGGUGCAAAGUUUUUAACUUACUGUUUCGAUAAAGCAAGAGUAACUGAUGCUCCUCUCGGUGAAAGAUCUUAUCACGUUUUUUAUUAUUUAUUGGCUGGUGCUACUCCUGAGGAACGUUCCCUAAUGCAUCUUCAAGAUCCUCAAAAUUAUUUUUAUUUAUCUCGUUCAAAAUGUUAUAAGAUUGUUGGUAUGGAUGAUAGUGUACAAAUGGAUGAUUUACGCGCUUCUCUUAAAGCUCUCGGUUUCAAAUCAAAAACUGUUACUCAAAUUUGGCAAAUAUUAACUGCUAUUUUAUUAUUGGGUAAUAUUGAAUUUAUUGGUCCUGGUAAAGCAAAAGAUGAAGCUGCUACUAUUAAGAAUCGUCAUGUCUUGGAUUUGGCUGCUCAGUAUUUAGGUGUACCGGCUUUCAAAUUAGAACAAACUUUAACUUUAAAGAAUAAAUUAAUUGGCAAAGACUUAUGUACCAUUUUCUUAGACGCUGAUGCUGCUGCUGAUCAAAGAGAUUCUUUAGCUCAAGUUUUAUAUUCUAUUUUAUUUACUUGGAUAGUUGAACAUAUCAAUUCAAAAUUAAUUCAAUCAGAUGAACCUCCUAAUUUCAUCGGUCUGUUAGAUCAACCUGGUUAUCAAAAUUCGGGAAAAAAUGGUUUUGAACAAUUCUGUCUUAAUUUUGCUACUGAAGAAAUUGAGAAUUACGUUUUAAAAAGACUUUUCGAUGAUAAUUUUGGUACUAAUGCUGAAAUUAUAAAUGAUGGUGUUCCUUUACCAAAUGUUUCUGUUACCUACAAUAAUCAUUGUGUUGAAUUAUUAAGAGGUAAUGGUUCUGAGGGAAAACCUCGUAGUUUCAUUUCAAUCUUGGAUUCUGAAAGUGCUAAAUUUCAAAAUGCUACUGAAACUGUCGGCGAUUCAACACUUCUUGCUUCAUUGAAACAGGCCUUUUCUAGUCAUCAUUCUUUUGUUUCGAAUCCUUCUGGUUCGAAAUCUUCUUCAAAAUCUGGUGUUUUUGGAAUUAACCAUUUUGCUGGUUUGGUUCUUUAUGAUGUUGAUAGAUUCAUUGAAAAGAACAUUGAUAAUUUAUCUCCUGAUGUUAUCAGUCUCUUUAAAGAAACUAAUAAUACAUUUAUUAGAAAAUUAUUUUCCGGUCCUGCUUUGGCAAUUGAAAAUCAUCCAAAAAACGACAAAACUGUUGUUGCCGCUCAAUUACCUACUAAACCAAUGCGUGCUCCAAGUAUGAAGAGAUCAAAGAGAAAUAAUAAUACUUCAAAUGAAAAAGAACCAAAAAAGAUGCCAAUGGCUCAUGUUUCAACUGUCGCAACUCAACUUUAUGGAACAUUAAAUCAAUUGAUAGAUACUUUCAAUUCUACUCGAAUGUGGAAUGUUUUCCAACUUCGUCCCAGUGAUAAUAAUGAUCCGAAUCUUUAUGAUUCUAAACGAGUAAAAUCUCAAGUUCAUAGUUUCUUGAUACCUGAAAUUGCUGCUCGUAAAAGAGUGGAAUAUAGCAUUAAAUAUAAUUUUGCUGAUUUUUUGGAUCGUUAUAAAUCAAUUAUCCAACCUCAUAAUUUGGAAUCUUCUCGAAAUCUUCGUCAAAAAGUUGAAGAAUUUGCUUUGAGUAAUGGAUGGGAGGAUGGUAGUUACGCUAUUGGGCAUCAAAACGUUUAUUUAUCUAAUUCGGUCUGGAAAUAUUUGGAAGAUAUUCUAAAAACUGCUGAAAAAGAGGAAAGAGCAAAGACUAAACAAUUUAAAGAUGAUGAUAGUGUGGCCGGUGGAAUUCCUUUAGAUGGUGGUCGAAACGCACAUUUACCUAGUUCUACAAGUUCAGUGGAUCGGUUAAUACCGAGAAGUGGUUUCGCUUAUGCUGGUAGUGAAGUAGGUUAUUAUGAAGAGUCUUAUGCAGAAAGUGAAGAUGAUUUUCAAUAUUCCAAGAAUAGUGGUGUGACAUAUCCUGAAGAAGAAGAGGGUAGUAUGUGGGGUAGUGAAUGGGAUGGAAAAAGUGAUGGGCAUUCUCCACCUAGUGAUCAAUUCAAAGAAGAAAAAAACGUAGGGAAUGAAAACAAAGAAGCAAUCGAAGAACUACCUGUUACCAAAACACAUGAAGUUGCUUUUCAUAAAGGUGAUGAUGAUUUCUGGGUCAGCGUUAGGGGUGUUGUAUAUGAUCUCAGCAGAUUUCAUAUGAGAGAUCACACCGGGGGCAGUAGCCAAGCUGCUGGUCCGGCAGCCAUGGAAAUGUAUGCUGGUUUGGAUGUUACACCAUCAUUUCCAAUUCCCUUAGCCUCACCAGAAACAUGUGGUGAUAUGGUUACUAAUGAUCAAACCACUAUUGCACAUAAAAAUCUUUCGGAUCCGAUUUCUGGUUUUAUGUUUGUCCACACUUCAGGUGCAUUAGCGCUUCCUAACACAAAACUCACAAAUCCAAAUUGGUAUUUUGAAACUUUUCUUCCUACAAUGCGAUUGAUGGUGAAAGCCGAUCUUGUCUGGGACCCAAAACAAUUACAGAAUCUGAUUUCAAUGGGCCGUACUGUAGUCACCGUUAAAAAUAAACUUUAUGACUUCACCGAUUAUUUUGCUCUACAAACAGAACGACAACAACCUCAAAAACUUGAUCCUAGUACACAAGCUGCAGGAUUUAUCGAUUGGCAUUGGUUAGAGAGACAAGGAGAAGAUCUCGAAAAGUUAAUCCAGAAUAUGAAUGGAAAAGAUAUUACAACCUAUUUAAAUGUGCUUGAUAAAACAAGACUGAAUUCAUUGAUGAAUUGUAUGGAUAAGGUCUUUUAUAUCGGUAAAACUGAUUUCCGAAAAACUUUCCGAUGUCAAUUCAAUAACUAUGUUUUGCUUGUUGCUGCUUGCGUAAUGUGUUCUGUUAUCGUCGUAAAAUUCUUGGCUGCUUUACAGUUGGGAGCAAGACGUAAGCCUGAAGAUCAUGAUAAAUUUGUUAUCUGUCAGGUACCCUGUUACACCGAAGGAGAGGAUUCACUUAAGCGUACGAUGGACUCAUUAGCCGCUUUAACAUAUGAUGAUAAAAGGAAAUUACUUUUCUUUAUUGCGGAUGGUAUGAUUGUUGGUUCUGGUAACGAUAGACCAACACCAAGAAUUGUUUUAGAUAUUCUUGGUGUUGAUCCUAAAAUGGAUCCAGAACCCUUAGCAUUUAAGUCUAUUGGUGAAGCAUCACAACAAUUGAAUUAUGGAAAAGUUUAUUCCGGUCUUUACGAAUACGAAGGACAUGUUGUACCUUAUAUAGUAGUCGUCAAAGUUGGAAAACCAACCGAAAAAAACAGACCUGGCAAUCGUGGAAAACGUGACUCCCAAAUCAUACUUAUGAGAUUCUUGAAUAGAGUUCAUUUUGAACUUGAAAUGUCACCGCUUGAAUUGGAGAUUUAUCAUCAGAUGAAAAAUGUAAUAGGAGUAAAUCCAAGCUUUUAUGAAUAUGUUCUUAUGGUUGAUGCUGAUACUGAGGUUAUGCCAGAUUCGUUAAAUCGUAUGAUUUCUUGUAUGCUUCACGAUGGUCGUAUAAUCGGUAUUUGUGGUGAAACAACCUUGGUUAACGAAGAAGGUUCAUGGACAACUAUGAUUCAAGUUUACGAAUAUUAUAUUUCUCACCAUCUUGCUAAAGCAUUCGAAUCACUUUUUGGAUCUGUUACUUGUUUACCUGGUUGUUUCUGCAUGUAUCGUAUUCGUACUCCUGUAAAGAAUACUCCAUUGAUCAUAUCUAAUACUGUAAUCGAUGAAUAUUCAGAGAAUCAUGUGGACACUUUACAUAAGAAGAAUUUGUUGUCACUUGGUGAAGAUCGUUAUCUUACCACAUUAAUGAUGAAACAUUUCCCUCAAUAUAAGAUGACAUUUACACCAGAUGCUAUGUGUAAAACUGCAGCACCUGAUCGAUGGUCUGUUUUACUUUCACAACGACGUCGUUGGAUUAAUUCCACUAUUCAUAAUCUUAUGGAACUUAUGUUCUUACCGGAAAUGUGUGGUUUUUGCUGUUUUUCAAUGAGAUUCGUGGUCUUUAUUGAUCUUUUCGGUACACUUAUUCUUCCAUCCACCACAAUAUAUAUUGGCUAUCUUAUCUAUGCUGUUGUUACCAAACGUCAAGAUUUACCAAAGAUUGCGUUGAUUAUGUUGGCAGCAGUUUAUGGUUUACAAGCGAUUAUUUUCAUUCUUAAACGACAAUGGCAGCAUAUUGGUUGGAUGAUAAUCUACUUGCUAGCAUUCCCACUGUUUUCAUUCUUUAUUCCGAUUUAUGCAUUCUGGCAUUUUGAUGAUUUCAGUUGGGGUAAUACUCGCGUGGUUGUUGGUGAAAAAGGAAAAAAACAAAUCAUAACAACCGAUGAUGAAAAAUUCGAUGAAAGUAUGGUACCGAAGAAGAAAUGGGCAGAUUAUGAACAAGAGAUGUGGGAAGUGGGAACUACCGAAUCGCAUGAUUCAAGGCAUAGUGCAACUUCAUAUAGAAGCCAUGGUAGUCAUAGAAAUUAUGAAACUGGUAGUCAAUACGGUGGUAGCAAUCAUGAUGGAGACUAUUAUCGUGACACUAAUUUAACGGCGCCUGCAGAUCGACGUGGUAGAUCAAGAUCACCUGUACCAAGAUAUGCUCCAUCCGAUAGUCGAAAUUCAAGGUCUUUCAGCGCAAUAGGAGAUCAUGAUUAUAGAAAUUCAAUUAUAUCAGUACCAAGAAGUAAUUCAGAAAUGGAAAUUUAUCCACCACAAGGACCUAUAGGCUCAUACGCAGGUUCAUAUGCCAAUGAUGGGCCGACGGAUGAAGAAAUUUUAAUGGAAAUUCGAAAUAUUUUACAAACAGCCAAUUUAAUGAAUAUUACAAAGAAACAAG